AGCUCCCCGUUGGGUGGCGAGGGGGGUGGGGCAAGGGCAGAGUGCAGAAAAAGGGCUCCCGGCACCUGAAAGCAAGCGGCUGGCUACCCGCAGAGCCCGCAGCCCACGCGGAGGUGCAGGGAACCUGCAGGGAUCCUCACUGCCCCAGGGCCUCGAGCCAAGGGAGUGAGGCGGGCAGCGCGGACGCCCCGGAGCCCAGCUCCAGGUGGGACGCGGUGUUUGGCUGUGUUUUCCGAGCUGCGUUGGACAGCCUGGGACUCGGAUAGCUACCUACCUCGCUCGGAUCUCCUGGGGACCUCUCCCAGAGGGCGCGCCGAGACAUGGAGGGCGCAGACCUGGCGAUGAAGCUCCUGUCCACCUGGCUGACGCUGGUGGUCGGCCUCAUCCUGUUGCCCUCGGCCUUCGGAUUGUCUCUAGGCAUCUCGGAGAUCUACAUGAAGAUCCUGGUGAAAACCUUGGAGGUGAGUGAUGGGGCCACAUUACGAAUUGAAAAAGGAGCCCCAAAGGAGUCAGUUCUUAAAAACUCAGCUUCUGUGGGUAUCAUCCAAAGAGAUGAGUCACCCAUGGAAAAAGGGCUCUCUGGUCUUCGAGGAAGGGACUUCGAGCUCUCUGAUGUGUUUUAUUUCUCCAAGAAGGGCUUGGAAGCCAUUGUGGAAGAUGAAGUGACCCAGAGGUUCUCCUCCGAGGAGCUCGUAUCAUGGAACCUCCUCACAAGAACCAACGUCAACUUUCAGUACAUCAGUCCGAAGCUCACGAUGGUGUGGGUGCUGGGUGUCCUAAUACGUUAUUGCUUUCUGCUCCCUCUGAGGGUUACUCUGGCUUUCAUUGGGAUCAGUUUGCUGAUCAUAGGAACUACACUGGUUGGACAGCUCCCGGACAGCAGCCUCAAAAGCUGGCUGAGUGAACUGGUGCAUCUGACCUGCUGUAGGAUCUGCGUUAGGUCCUUGUCCGGCACCAUUCAUUAUCAUAACAAGCAGUACAGACCCCAGAAGGGAGGCAUUUGUGUUGCCAACCAUACAUCGCCCAUCGAUGUCUUAAUCUUGACAACAGAUGGCUGUUAUGCCAUGGUUGGACAGGUUCAUGGUGGAUUGAUGGGGGUCAUUCAGAGAGCCAUGGUUAAGGCUUGUCCACAUGUCUGGUUUGAGCGCUCAGAAAUGAAGGACCGACACCUGGUUACUAAGAGAUUGAAAGAGCACGUCGCUGAUAGGAAAAAGUUGCCCAUAUUAAUCUUCCCUGAAGGUACCUGCAUCAACAAUACUUCAGUCAUGAUGUUUAAAAAGGGAAGCUUUGAAAUUGGAGGGACCAUAUAUCCAGUGGCAAUAAAGUAUAACCCCCAGUUUGGCGAUGCAUUCUGGAACAGUAGUAAAUACAACAUGGUGAGCUACUUGCUUCGAAUAAUGACCAGCUGGGCCAUCGUCUGCGAUGUGUGGUACAUGCCUCCCAUGACCAGAGAGGAAGGAGAAGAUGCGGUGCAGUUUGCAAACAGGGUUAAAUCGGCCAUCGCUGUCCAAGGGGGGCUGACUGAACUUCCCUGGGACGGAGGUCUGAAGAGGGCAAAGGUGAAGGACACCUUUAAGGAAGAACAACAGAAGAAUUACAGCAAGAUGAUUGUGGGCAAUGGCUCUCCCAACCUGGAGCUGGACUGAGGCGCCGUGGAUGAACUGACUUCCCAGAGCUGGCCUUCAGACGGGAAAUUUUGUAACAUCGUUUGUUGUACUGUUUUUUUGCUUGUUUGUUGUUAAUCUUUUCUACCGGCUGAUUGUCUCUCUACCUCUUCACACGAGAGGCAGAACCCAUAGGUGCCCCCCGCCCCCGCCCCCUUUUUGACAUUUUGUUAUAGUGUUGGUUCAAUGAAUUGUAAGGCGGAUUCUUGAGUGGAAGCAGAUUCUGCCUUUUGUAAAAAUGGCGUGUCAUUGAUGAUUAAAUGAAUCUUUGUCUGCAAACCAGUGCUUCUAGAGUGUGUUUGGAGCUUGUUAACAAGGUAAUUCUCAAAAACAGCUCCACACUCUCUAAAUUGAUUCCCUCUCCCUUUCAUUUCUUUUAUUUUUAUUUUUAUUUUUUAUUUUUUUUGAGAUAGGGUCUUAUUUAUGUAGCCUAGGCUGGCUUCAAACUCACCCAAGACUGGCCGGGAACUCUUCACUAUUCCUGGAUCCACUUCCCAAGUACUAGGAUUCCAGGCAUGUGCCGCCACCCUAGCUGUUGGCAUCAAUGUUGUAAGUGGUGGGAUCACACCACAGUACGUUCCCAUUAUGGCCACAACUAUGGUUACAUUCUGCUCUAAGGCUGAAAGAAAAAUGGAGGGUUAAUUUUAGGGGAAAGGACAAAUUUGUGGUCACCUGAUCUGAAAGGAAUGGAAUGGAGAUGAUUUUUUCCUCGAGUCUUACGAGAGAGAUGUUGAUUGGUUAGACUCAUUUAAGAACCAUGUAGGAGUGAUGUUUGUUCCCACAACACAUUUAAUCCAGCCACCGUGGGAAAAGCACCGUUAGUUUUUCUUGUUUGUAUGCUAGAGAUCUCCUUUGUCUUUUUUUUUUUUUUUUUUUGUAGCAAAACAUGUUUUUCAAAGGGAAGGAGCCUUUAAAGAAACAAUCACACUAUCUCCAGUAUGAAGGAGCUUGCCUCCCACCCCACCAACCUCACUGCAGUGAUUUAGUCCCAAACGUUCCCAGCCUUUUAAGCAGAAAACUAAGUGGUUUAAUUAUCUUUUGGAAACUGAGCCUUAACCUUUUUAAAGGGAAAACAAGCAUUCUCCGAGUCCAAUAGCAUGAGCAAUAUUUGAUAGCAAUAUAUCACGCUGUGAGCUCUCGAGGCUGUUAGCUCAGGAGUGACCCUAUACAGGAAGUGAACUGUCUUACUGACUAUGAAUAAAUUUUAUAUUUUUAAA